AUGUUCGUCCUUUUUGCUAUUGUCGCCGUCGCCGCCGCGCAGUCCAUCUCUUUCAACGGAGCUUCGAGACUUCCGUGCCAACUCAGUGAGUAUUUUCGAUGAAAACUACAUUUGGAAACGAUCGAUUCUUUGCCUCCUUUUCACGUUUUUUCGAAUGGAGCAAUAGACUUUGGGCGUUGUCUAGGGCCAUGAAGACUAAAAACUUGGAGACACAUUCUAAGGAUCUGAAAGUUCCAAAUCGUUCCAGCGUGCUCCACGUCAGCCACGUUUACCACCAACAUUGACGGCUCUUCGACGACCGCCCGUUGCACGGAUACUUCGUCCGAUCCGACGACGCGCUGCCCGGGAUGCUGUGCUUCCGUCGCCCUCGCCGCUGGUCUAACUGCUGUUCGUGCCCAUUUUUUCCCAAAAAAAAAAACAUCCCAAGACAUUUCAAUUUCCAGGAUCGCGCGGCCGGAUUCCCGUCGAACAACGGCCGAAGCUGUGUUUGUUGUAUCCGGGGAUGCUAA